AGCACUAGGUAUGACACAGCGCUGCAGAUACUGGUGUGGCAGUUCUUUGACAGACUGGAGGCGAUGAUGCCAGUGCCCAGCUUUACACAGACAGCAUCCAUUCUCAACCUGACCCCUACAGAUCUGGAAGAGUGUCAGCAGUCUUUCUUUGAUCCUGAGCAUCUGAAGACACUGCUGCAGCAUCAUAGAAAUCUGGGGCACCUAAAAAAAGGUUAGGAUCCCUCAGGUGAUCUAUUUGAACUUUUUAACCUCUGGGUGAAAUAACUGUGGGGGAUUCUCCUGAAAGAGAAUUUUGAAUUAUUUGUAUUCUCUCUCUUUUCAAGAUCUUUUAUUCUAUGACUCUGAUACCAUCCUGUCCACGUUGUCCUGCCUCGCUCCCUCACUGAAGUCUAAACAGACCAAAAGAGACAGAGAAAAAGGCACGGUGAAGAACGAGAGUGAUGUGAGGAGAAAGGGAGAGAAUGACAAUGCUCAAGGACCGAAAGAACAGGAGAGUGGCGAGGAGGGACAGCAAGAAGUCAGUGGGGAGGACGAAGGGAAGUGAUGGGGGCGCUGAAAAACUGGAAGAGGCUGGGGAACCCUCUGGGAACUCUGGGCAGCAGAAACAGCCAUCAUUAGUGGCCAUCAAUGGACAAGCUAAAGCCAAGCCCCCCCAGUCCCAGGGCUUUUCCUGCUCACAGUGCCAGUUCUCCAACAGGAGAUGACUCACCCUUCAGGAGCACAUCAAGAAGAACCAUCCAAAGGAGGACAGUGGGAUCCUGGGCUCUGGAGAAGCUGGAGCUGAGAACAACGUCAUGCCUGGCAGUGAGACGGAAAGCUCUUCAGCCAAGAAGAUCAGGAAGAACAGGUACAUCUGCUCCCAGUGUGGGAAGGGUCACAAAUGUUCAUAUGAGCUGAGACGACACGAAACCGUUCACUCUGAGGUGAAGCCCUUCUGUUACGGAGUCUAGUUGAUAGGUAAUCGACUAGCUGGACUGUUCCCCAGACUCCACGCGUAGGGAUUUGUACAAGGCUUAACAAGGCUAUUAAACUUGACAUUGGUGUCUGUCUUUAUUCCAUAAUCCGACAUAUCAUACUGAAACAUGGUAUCAGAAGUGGCUCGGAAAACACACAUUUGUUAUUUUUGUAGCUAAGUACAGUAUAGGCGCAGUUACGUUCCAUAUGCGAACACACGCCGUUUCCUACUCACAACACUGAUCAACUCGAUGUUAGCUGGCUAGCUAGCAUCACUACCUACCUCCAUGACUGAAGGCAAAGAAAUCUCCUAUUCCAUUGCUAUGGCAGCGAACAUUCCGCCACCAAAUCACAUGGUUCUCACAGGGGACUGGAAUACUAAUUGGGACAACUUCAGGGAUGAAUUCGAGGACUAUGCGCUGGCGACCGGUCUACAUGAGAAACCCAACGAGGUACAAGCGGCAACUCUGAGGACUUUAAUGGGCAGUGAAUGCAGGCAUAUCUACCGGCACAAUCUCACCCUCACGGCACGACAACAGUGUGAUGCAAAGGCUAUAUUGGAUGCAUUGGAGAAUUACUUCAAACCCGCCAGAAACGUCAUUUACGAGCGGUUCGUUUUCGGAAGCUGCAAACAGGAAGAGGGUGAGUCAGUACACAACUUUGUAACCCGUUUGAGAGAGAAAUCCGCCACUUGUGAAUACGGGGGAUUGAAAGAUGAAUUGAUUCGUGACAAAAUAGUACUGGGAAUUGCAAAUGAGAAUACGCGCCGGCGUCUACUGAGAGAGAGAGGCUUAACAUUAGUAACUGCCAUCGAAAUGUGCCGCACUGCUGAAGUCACUGACAUGAGAAUGAGAGCAAUGGAAACGGAAACCCCACGCUCCGACAUUGAUACUGUUCACGCUGUUGCUAGGCAGACAUUCAGACAAAACCAAUCGAGGCAGAGUAAUUCACCACGAACGGUGAACACAAAGAGCCCCGUAGCAUGUAAAUACUGUGGGAAUACACACACACGUGGCAAAGAGCACUGCCCUGCCUACGGAAAACCAUGCAGAGCUUGUGGAACUAAUAAUCACUUUGCAAAAGUGUGUCUCAAAAGCAAAAGAAGGGUGAGUGAGGGCAAGAUUCACUGUGUUGAUGAUGUUACUCAAUGUUCAGAGCUGAACACUGAAAGUGACAUUUACAUGCAUGAAUCCAUUGGGGCUGUACACUCAAGAGGGAAGAAAUGGUUUGUGACACUACGAUUACACAACAAGCAACAACAAUGUCAACUGGAUUCGGGUGCUACAUGCAACGUAAUGAGCUACAAAGACAAAAUCAAUCUGGCACCUGACACACAUCUAUUGCCCAGCGAUACUAGACUAAAGCUGUACUCAGGAGAACUAAUGAGCUCUAUGGGCCCCUUUGAGACCGAAUGUGUUAUUCGGGGACGCAAACACAAGCUGGAGUUUGAGAUUGUGAAAACCAGUCAAAAUCCUCUCCUCUCAGGCUCUACAUGCGAACGCCUGGGACUGAUGCAGUUCACUGUACCAAAUGACCUGCACAUUGUGGAUCAUGUCCAGCAUGGACCCCUGUCCAAAGAACAACUACUCAGCAGAUAUGACGAUGUAUUCAACAUGCCCGUUGAAUCAGUGCCUGGGGAGGUACACUUUGAAGUGGAUGAGAGCAUCACUCCAGUCCAGUGUGCUCCUCGCAUGGGCCCAUUGCAAUGA